AUGGCAAUCCAAAAGAAGCACGGCAAAGGCCGUCUCGAUAAAUGGUAUAAACUCGCAAAGGAGAAAGGCUAUCGAGCCCGAGCCGCCUUCAAAUUGAUCCAGCUGAAUAAGAAAUAUGGCUUCCUCGAGAAGAGUCGGGUUGUGCUCGAUCUCUGCGCCGCACCCGGUUCAUGGUGCCAGGUUGCAGCAGAGACGAUGCCGGCAAGCAGUUUGAUCAUUGGUGUGGAUUUGGCGCCGAUAAAACCCAUUCCAAGAGUUAUUUCCUUCCAGAGCGACAUCACGACCGAUAAAUGCCGAGCGACGAUCAGACAGCAUAUCAAACAUCUAAAGGCCGAUACAGUGCUGCACGAUGGUGCCCCAAAUGUCGGUGUGGCUUGGGUGCAGGAUGCUUUCUCCCAGGCGGAACUAGUCCUACAGUCGAUGAAACUGGCUACAGAAUUCUUAAAAGAGGGAGGCACAUUUGUCACGAAGGUCUUCCGAUCCAAAGACUACAACGCACUACUGUGGGUGUUUAAACAAUUAUUCGCGUCAGUGGAAGCAACGAAACCGCCAUCCUCGAGAAAUGUUUCGGCGGAAAUCUUCGUUGUCUGCAGAGGUUUCAAAGCGCCGAAGAAACUCGAUCCCAAGUUUCUCGACCCCAAACACGUCUUUGCCGAAGUCGAAGCCCCUACACCGAAUAACGAAGCCAAAGUAUUCAAUCCGGAGAAGAAGAAACGCAAGCGAGAAGGUUAUGAGGAGGGAGACUGGACACAACAUAAAGAAAUCCCCGUCAGCGAGUUCAUCCAUACAACAGAUCCGAUUGCCAUCCUGGGCACGGUGAACAAACUGAGCUUUGAGCAGACAGACAACGGCGAUCUCGCUUUGGCUACCCUAGACAGACUACCCGAAACCACGGAUGAAAUACGGAAAUGUUGCGAAGAUCUGAAGGUGUUGGGCAAGAAAGAAUUCCGAACUCUUCUGCGGUGGCGCUUAAAAGUGCGAGACAAGUUUGGCAUGUCGAGCAAGGCCAAGAAAGAGGCACAAACUGAGCAAACCGGUCAGAAAGAGGGAGAAGAAGUCGCCGAGGUGGAAUUCAUGGAUGAAGAACUUAAGAUCCAGGAAGAGAUCAAGAAACUCAGAGAUCAAGAAUCCAAGGAGAAGAGGAAAGAGCGGCGGAAAGAUAAUGAGCGGAAGCGGAGAGAAAUUGUCCGUAUGCAGAUGCACAUGACGACGCCUCACGAUAUUGGAUUGGAGCAACAUGGCCCCAGCGGAGAAGGAUCGAUGUUCAACAUCAAGGCCGCAGAUCGCGCACAAGAAGCGACGAGAAUCACGACGGGCGAAAUGGAAGAUUUGAAGAAACUGGAGUCCGAUGAGGAGGAAGACGAUGAAGACGACGAAAUCGAGUCUGACGAUGACGGUGACAGACUCGAAAGAGAGCUUGACUCCUUGUAUGAAUCGUAUCAGGAACGGCGAGAAGAAGCAGACGCCAAAGCUCGCGCGAAGAAGGCGAGGAAACAAAAAGAGACAGACGAAUGGGGUGGUCUUUCAGAAGAAGAGGACAGAGAUCAGGGCGGAGAGGCAACGGAUGCGGAAUCGGACUUUGACGACGAUGGCACUGCAUUGCGCAGUUUCCCGAAAAGCGAAGGUCUCUCGACCAAAGCAGCCAUGUUCUUCGAUCAGGACAUUUUCCAGGACCUGGGUAUUGAAGACGAUGAUGACGACGACAAAGACAGCGCGAUUGAGAUGGACGAUGAAUCAUCAGAUCAAGCUGCUCAAUUGAAGUCGAAGAACUCCAAACUGGAGAAGGCAACACAAUCAGCGGCAACCGAGACCAACAGCAACAACAAUGGCAAACCUCUCAAAUCGGCUCUCAAAACUUCUUCCAUAACCACGACCACCCAACCAGCCUCGAAUAAAACAAAAACAACAUCCAAAUCCAAAUCCAAACCCACAACCUACGAAUCCGACUCCGAGCACGAAGAAACCGAAGGCCCCAAUGCAUCUUCAACCACCACGACCACGCCCACGCCAUCAACCCGGCCGGAAGACCCACUCCUCCCCUCCGGCCACCUGGACAUCGACAUAAUCACGGCGGAAGCGAUGACACUAGCGCAAUCACUGGCAUCGCGACAAGUGCGGCCGGGCGACCUGAUCGACGAGUCCUUCAACAAAUACACGCUGCGGGACACGGACGGGCUGCCGGAAUGGUUCCUGGACGACGAGUCCAGCCACUCGAAGCCGCACCGGCCCAUCACAGCGGCGGCGGCGGCGGCGAUCAAGGAGAAACUGCGCGCCCUGAACGCGCGCCCCAUCAAGAAGGUGCGCGAGGCCAAGGGUCGCAAGAAAUUCAAGGCGGCGCAGCGGCUGGAGAAGUUGCGCCGGAAGUCAGCCCUGUUGUUGGAGGAUGAGGGCAUCAGUGAGAAGGACAAGGCCAGUGGCAUUGCGCGGAUGAUGGCGAGGGCAGCCAAGAAAUCUGGGAAGCCCAAGGAGAAGGUCAAGCUUGUCGUGGCCAGGGGUGGGAAUAAGGGCAUUAGUGGCCGGCCUAAGGGCGUCAAGGGAAGGUAUAAGAUUGUGGAUGCGAGGUUGAAGAAAGAUGUUAGAGGUGAGAAGAGGGCGAAGAAACGCAUGGGUAAGAAAUGA